GUGAAGCCAUCAAGGGAGGGGACCAGACAGAUGGGAGCAGCAGUCCUAAUCCUUUCAGCUCAUCCAUCCCUUAAUCGCCUGCAGCGGGCUCCUGUGUUGGGUGUCACUGGCCAUGGCGGGGUCGGCCGUGAGGGAGGCAGAGGACUGGAGCCCGGUCCCGGCUAUGUACGAGGAGUACCGGCCGCCCCCACUGGACGCCAUCCGCCUGCCCCGCUAUGCUCUGUACCUGCUGAUGGCUGCUGUCCUGGUGGUGGCCGUGGCCUACGCCAUCGUUGGCCACCUCAUCAAAGACCUCGCUCACGACCUGGCGGACUGGGCCUUUGGUCCUAAGCCGGACCAGGAGGAAGGUCCCCGGGAGCUGCGGGCAAGCCUGGCUGCAGAAGACCUGGAAGAGUUGGACCUUCAGCUGGCCCUGGCUUGGCGCGGGGAGGAAGACUCCGCCCGGGCUCCUCACCGCCCCUCCAUCACGUUCCGGGACCCGCCUGUGCAAACGGACUUUUGGAGGCUAGACUAACCUGGAGGGACUGUCCCCAUCCAUCGAAGUUAGCCCACCUAUGUACAACAUGCCUGUUGUAUGACACACGGUCUGGCUGGCUUGAAACUCCACAUACCGCUGCCUCAGCUUUAGUGCUGGGAUUGCA